UGAUCCGCUCUUCUCCCCGAUCUGCGACGUGGAAUUGAAAUGGGCGGACGAAGGGUACCUUCCGCCAUUGCCGUUGCCUUUCCGCAUCUUGUUCUCCUCAGCCGCCGCAAGAGACUUCAAACACCCGGGAAAGCUCCUCUAGGGCAUCUCAGCUUCCAUUCCCUCGGUUUUAGGUCUCUCUCGCCCCCUCUCCCUCUCCAAAGACUACAAGGUCUACCUGCUUGUCUUGUCCCAACUUGGGCUUAGAAUCAGAAAGAGUAAAGUGGUUUGAGGAUUUUUCUUUCAAUGGCGCUGAGGUUUGAGGUGGUAGGGAGAUUCAAUCGUGCCCGUGCAGCUCAAUUAACACUUCCUCACUUUGUUUGCCAAACACCACUUUUUAUGCCUGUGGGGACUCAAGGUACUAUAAAGGGUCUGACUAAUAACCAGCUGGAAGAUAUUGGUUGCCAGAUAAUACUUGGCAAUACAUACCAUCUUGCUCUUCGUCCUGGUGCUGAUCUGAUUGAUGACUUAGGUGGUCUGCACAAAUUUAUGAAUUGGAAAAGAGCAUUGCUUACUGACUCGGGUGGUUUUCAAAUGGUUUCCUUGUUGCAUUUAGCUGACAUCACUGAGAAAGGUGUGACAUUUCAGUCUCCUGUUGAUGGGAAACCCAUGCUCCUAACACCUGAAGAGUCAAUCCAGAUUCAAAAUAAGAUUGGAGCUGAUAUUAUCAUGGCCCUUGAUGAUGUUGUGAAGACCACCACUACAGGUCCACGAGUUGAGGAGGCUAUGUACCGAACUCUUCGUUGGAUAGACAGAUGUAUAGCUGCUCAUCAGAAACCUGAUGUGCAGAAUUUAUUUGGAAUUGUUCAAGGAGGAUUAGAUCCAGUUCUCAGAGAUAUAUGUGCGAGGGGCUUGGUCGAACGGAAUUUAGCUGGCUAUGCUAUAGGUGGUCUUUUAGGAGGUGAAGAUAAAGACUCUUUCUGGCGUGUUGUUGCCCAGUGCGCUGCUGCACUUCCUGAAAAUAAACCACGCUAUGUGAUGGGUGUUGGCUAUCCGCUUGAUAUCGUAGUUUGCAGUGCUUUGGGUGCAGACAUGUAUGACUGUGUUUAUCCUACACGUACUGCACGCUUUGGUACAGCACUAGUACCUGAGGGAGUUCUGAAGCUGAAACACAAAGUGAUGGCCAGUGAUGAACGUCCUAUUGAUCCCACAUGUUCAUGUAUGGUUUGUAAAAAUUACACUCGAGCUUACAUACAUUGCCUUGUCACAAAAGAUGCUAUGGGUUCCCAACUUCUGUCAUAUCAUAAUUUAUCAUACAUGAUGAGGCUUAGCAGGGACCUUCACAUGUCAAUAGUUGAGGGAUGCUUCCCACAGUUCGUGCAAGGAUUUUUACGAGCACAGUUCCCCAAGGGUGAUGUCCCAAAGUGGGUUUGCAAUGCCAUGGAGGUUGCUGGCAUCGACAUCUCUGCCUGCUGUGUGCUCCACCCAUCAUCCCAAAAUUAGAUGCAAGUAUUCUGAUACAAGACCAACCAUUUAACAGCUUAGCAAUUCCUCAAUCUAGAGAAGAUCUAAAAGGCAAUUCUUUCAUGGAUACGUAGAUGGCAGCAUAUAUUUGUUCCUAAUAUGCUGCUUGAGUAGGAAUACCCUUUUUUUGUCCUUUUUUUUUGGAUUGUUCUGUUGAUUAUCAGCUACUCAUACCAAGUGGCAUUAUAUUUUUUUUGUUGAAGCAAAGGACUAUAAGUGAGACGCAAUUUGGGAAAGAAACUUGCAUUGCAUGUCUAGUUCUUCA